GUCGCCGCCGCCACCGCCACCGCCGCCGUUGCCGCCUCCGUCAUCGUCGACGACGACGCGUCGUUCACACACACGCGUGUGUAGGAACCAGCGUGCGAACAAGAGAGAGAGAGAGAGAGAGAGAACGUGACACCCGGGUACACGUGCAAUCUCCUCAUCGCUUCGGCCGGCCCUCGUCGCCUUUUCUCUACCCACUACCUAACGCUUAAUAACGGGAUUCCCCCCACGGUUUCUUCUGCCGCAGGAAAAUGAGCAGCUCCGAGGAGGUGUCCUGGAUCUCGUGGUUCUGCGGUUUACGCGGGAACGAGUUCUUUUGCGAGGUGGAUGAGGACUAUAUUCAAGAUAAAUUCAAUUUAACGGGACUGAAUGAACAAGUACCACAUUAUCGCCAGGCAUUAGAUAUGAUUCUUGAUCUUGAACCUGACGAUGAUCUGGACGAUAAUCCAAAUCAAUCGGAUUUGAUCGAACAAGCUGCGGAGAUGCUCUAUGGUCUCAUCCACGCACGUUACAUACUUACCAAUCGUGGCAUUGCUCAGAUGAUCGAGAAAUACCAAGCGGGCGAUUUCGGUCAUUGCCCGCGAGUUUAUUGCGAAUCCCAGCCGAUGCUGCCGUUAGGGCUGAGCGAUGUUCCUGGCGAGGCAAUGGUCAAAAGCUACUGUCCUAAAUGCAUGGACGUUUAUACACCGAAAAGCUCGAGACAUCAUCACACUGACGGAGCGUAUUUUGGAACUGGAUUUCCACAUAUGCUAUUCAUGGUUCAUCCUGAAUAUAGACCAAAACGUGCGGCAAAUCAAUUUGUACCUAGAUUAUACGGCUUUAAAAUUCAUCCUGUAGCAUAUCAGAUCCAGCAACAGUCUGCGUCCACAUUCAAAGCACCGUUACGGGCUCUCAAUUAUAAUAAUGGGAAACGUUAAAAUUAUUUUCGGAGUAGCCUAGUAUACUUCCUUUCUCAUUAUUCGCAAUUCCUAAUUUCGUUUUUAAAGAUUUAAAUAAAAUAUUUUUUAUAUCUCUGUUUCCUCAAUAUACGUUGCCACGCGAGGGGAAUACGUCCUACGAAGCUGCUCAUUAUACCUCUUUCGAUUCGUUCAUUGUCUCGACACUCUUGAAUUCGUUCCUGACAUUGUACGAAGAGAAGAAAAAACGAGGAAAAGAGAAAAAGAGAGUGGAGAAAGAGAGAGGGAGGAGAGGGGCGAGCGUUUAGUUUCGUCGUGUGAAUCAUUGUCAUUAAUUUAAAUUUUGUAGCAACAGUCGUUUUCGUGAAGAACCAAUAUGUUUGUAUAGAAACUUUGAGCAUUAUUCAUUAAAAAGAUAGAGGGAAAUAGAAGGAAAAACACGCUUAGAAUAAUUACUAGAUCAUAAAUGAAAAGAGAGAGAGAGAGAGAGAGAAAGAAAGAAAGAGAGAUGAUGAUUAUAAAUAGAACACAUACCCGUGUUGUACGAAUCGCUUGUGUCAUCAUAUUUGCUGCUAAAGUAGUUCCUAAACAUGCGCAGGAGCGGACUUCCUGAGGAAAGUCGAGAAGCGAAUAGUAACCGGGUUCACAUUUGGUUCUUUUCAAGACGAGAGAGAGAGAGAGAGAAAGAGAUAAUGUAUAAAGGAGAAUAGCUGUUAAGUAUAACUUAAUUUAAUCGCCGAGUAAUUUGUGCGCGAACUGUGACAGAGACGAGAUUUAUUAUUAUAAAUAAUUGCGUAGGUAAUGGAUACACAUAUAUACAAUUUACUUCAACAAAAAAUGUCAAGCGCUAGACAAUAUUUCAUAGGAGAGGAACUUCAGAAACGAAGACUGUGCAUUUCCCGAAAGAGAGAGUGAGGGCGGGGGGGAGGGGGGGACUAAGCCGACUUUAUUUCGGUUUCUAUCACAGUUCCCGAGACAUUUUUAUGGACAUAUAGCAUCGGUGGGGAGGACGAUUCCGCGAUUAGAAGAUACAAUUUCUGUGUACGAUUUUUAACAUACAGCAGCAAAACAACUAAUAGCAUUCUCUUCAUUUUUGUAUUCAGUACGCAUCGUUUGUGAAACGAUGAAGUUUUCAGUCGAAUAGAUUUCAUAUCUCUAAAUCGGUUGGUAUUAAGGAGAACUGUUGUAUUGUAUUUCCACCUUGAAUUAAAAUAUGACUUAUUUACA